AUGGACGCCCAAGUCAGAGAGAGCCUACACGAGCCUCUCCCUUUGACCGCGUCCACUGAACGAGAUUCCAUGAUGGCGCAAGACCCAGCCCCCGAGACCCCCAAGAUGGCUCACGACUCCUUGGUAACGGUUCGGCUGUCUGAGCCGGAUCCCAUAGCCCUCGAUUCUCCUAUCGCUUCCCCGGUUGUCGAUACAACCCAGACAACACCAACCAAAGAACCAGUUGACGACUGCCCUGAUACUCCUAUAUCCCCCAAGUCUGAACUGUCGGUGGACGAUACGGAUGAGAGCCCAAAGGACGAGCCCAAAACAUUGACUAAAGAAGAGGUUGUCGAUACAGAGGCCCUGGAUGUUCCUACAGCAAUCAUGCCGCCACCGAUUCUUACGACAAGAACAUUACAAGACGAGUUAGCUGAUGAUGGCGACCUGUCAGACGACCAAGACGAGGUGAAUUGGGAACAACUCGAGCAGAAGGAGGAUGAACAGACCAAAGAUGAAGAAACAGACAAUUCGACGGCAUUGCUGUUGGCCCGACUUGAACAGGAGAAUGCGAAGCUGGCUACGAACCCAAAAAGCGUCAAAGUCCAAGGCGUCGACCGUGCUACUGCUGAACGUAGUGCAGUUAGCAGACCUCGUCCUCCUUCAAUGGCACAGCUCCGCCAGAUGGUACAUGGACCGACUCCACCCGCUCUACGAUACUCGAUGCUACCGCCACCUCCCAUGACAGAUCUUGAGUUCUACGCCGCUCUCGUGAAGGAUUACCAACAAACGGCCGCCAGACUUCCGACCCUUCUAUCAAACAAAAUCCGGAAGGGUAUUCCACCACCCCUGCGAGGCGUGGUUUGGCAGAGCAUGUCGGGAGCUCGAGACGCUGUGUUGGAAGACCAAUUUGAUCGUUUCUGCGGUGAGACUAGUCCUUACGAGGUCAUAAUUGGCAAAGAUCUGGGCAGAAGCUUCCCAGGAGUAGACAUGUUCCGUGAUCCAGAUGGUGAUGGACAACGUAUGCUUGGGCGUGUUCUCAAGUGCUUCAGUCUCUACGACACCAAGAUUGGCUAUUGUCAGGGGCUGGCCUUCCUGGUCGGCCCAUUGCUGAUGCACAUGCCCGACAAACAGGCAUUUUGUGUUUUAGUCCGCCUCAUGGAGCAGUACGACUUAAGGGCGUGCUUCCUCCCUGAUCUCUCAGGUCUCCACGUACGCAUUUACCAAUUCAAAGAAUUACUGCGCCAAAGCCUCCCAGUCUUGUCGAAUCACCUUGACGACCUACAGGUGGACCCUGCAUAUGUCUCCCAAUGGUUCCUCAGCUUUUUUGCUGUGACCUGUCCCUUACCGAUGCUGUUUCGCACUUACGAUGUGAUCUUUGCUGAGGGCGCUUCCGAAACAUUAAUGCGAGUCGCACUAUCCCUAAUGCGGAAGAACGAGGCGCGUCUAUUGGCGUGCACUGAGAUGGAAGACGUUAUGCAACUUCUUUUAUCUCGUGGCCUUUGGGAUUGUUAUCAUUACAACGCCGAUGAAUUUGUUCAAGAUUUUGUCGGUUUAACAGGUGCUGUAACGGCUGAAAACAUGCAACAGCUUGAGCAAAGCUACCGAGACUCCAAGAACGCUAUCAGCAACCCUGUUCGAGGAUCCGAAAUAACCACUGCCGCUAGCCGCUUCCUGGGUCGUAUAUGGGCCACCAACAACAAAUCCUCCAACCUCAGCCCAGGAAGUACUACCCCCACAAGACCGACAAGUAUGUUGCGACGAAGCCCAUCAAAGCAAAGCAUCGCGUCGACACUGAACUCAAUGGAAGCUAGCUCGGCUAGUGUUACCAGUUCAACAUCGACCGAUGCGACCGCUAUGUCCAGAGACUCUUCCAACACCGAGGAUGGGCGUGAUUCGACACCGGUCAGUAACAAGACAGCGCCAAGUCAUAAGAACACAGACGAACGAAACCUGCAUAGCCAGAUUGAAGACUUGUUGACCGCUCUCAGUGAGCUACAGCGCAACCAUUCCCUAUUAUCGAAUCAGCUGCAACGAGAACGCGAAGAUCGACAGGAGGAUCGUAAGGCGGUCCAGUCACUUCUAAAAGGCUUGAGACAAAAGGCAGAUUCUACAUCGUCUCGAUUGAGCAGCCCUCAAGUUACCGUUUCGCCCGAGAAGGAAGACAGCCCAGAUGCCGAGGAUGAUGAGUCGAAGUCACCAACUCCGGAGGAGAAACCCCAAUCGAGCGAUGACGAGGAUCGUAAAGAAGAACCCGCUUCUGCCACCGAGGAUCUCGAAAGCCUAUUCAAUGCGGUUGAACAGCGGUUCCAGGGCGAAGAGGACCAACGGCAGUCGUCCAUGCUCGUAUCAAAAGCUCAACUUCAGGACGAGCUAAAUCAUGCCAAAGAUCAGCUCAAUGCUGCUGUUUCACAAUCACAAGAAUACAGUCGCCAAAUACUGGACCUAAAUCAGGAGAUGGCAAGUGUCAAGGAGCAACUGCGGGAAAGUCACGCACAUGUUAGGACGCUUCACCAGGACAGGCAAAGGCUCGAGAAGCAGAUGCAUGGGCUGAAGUCUCGAGUAUCAACAGCUAGCUCAGCGCAUGAGGCAACUAAGGAAGUCGACGUGGAUAGAGGAAGCAAGUCUGGGGGCGGCCUUCGAGAGUUCAAGCUCAAUCGCAGCAAAACUACACCGCCACACCCGCCACACCUUCAUGAGUCUGAGACAAUGUCAUCUGCCACGACCAAAUUCAGCAAACGAUUGUCGUCUUUGCCCAAAAGCCACGAAGCAGGCGUGCCGGUGGUGACCACAACGGCACCUGGACCCUCACAUAGCGAACACGAGGCAUUGCUAGCCGAGCUCGUGCAAGCCAAAACAGCAGAGGCAGUCGCCAAACAAGAAGCUGAAGAGGCUCGACAGAAGCUGGAGUCGAUGAGGAAAUCUCAUGGACUGUCCCGCUCCGUUUCGGCCCACAGUGCAUCUGCAUCACAAUCCGGACCCGGUGGAAUGUUCGGACUGCUGUCCGGCCACGGGGCACCUGCCGUGACUGAUGCUUCAACGAAGCCAGCAUCACCGAAUGCUGGAUCUCCAGGAUCUGCAGCAAGUUUCUGGGGUUGGCGAAGAUAG